GCGGUUCAAACUUUCUUUAAGCAUUUCACUUCCUUAUCCGUUACACCGUACGAGAUGAAGGCGAUUAGUACCUCCAUUUUACUAGCUCUGGCACUCAGUUCCGUCCAAGCCGGAUAUGCAGAGAGCGAAGGUCAUGACCUUGGAGGCGGCGGUGACAUCAGCGGUGGAGGCAGCGCAGAAGGCUGGCAGGGAGGGUGGGAGUCAAGCGGAGGCGGAGGAGGUGGCGGAGGUGGUUUCGAGUACCACCAAGCUCCCACUAAAACCUUCGAGCACACCAAGGCCGUACCGGUUCCCGUCAUCAAAAAGGUCGGAGUUCCUGUUCCACAUCCUGUAGGAGUCCCCGUACCACAGGUGGUGAAAGUACCCGUACCUCAACCUUAUCCCGUUCACAUUUCAGUACCUCAUCCAGUCCCUAUCCCGAUUUACAAGCUGGUACCUCAGGAAAUCGAGAAGAAAGUACCGAUUCACGUUGAGAAAUUGGUUCCGGUUUAUAUCAACAAGCCUUACAAGGUCGAAAUUGAGAAGCAUCACCCGGAAUACGUUAACAAGCCUUAUCCAGUGCAUGUUCCAGUGUACAAACACAUCUACCACGAGACCAAGCACGAAAAAUACGUAGACCACGGCGGUAAAGGUUGGUCGAGAUAAGUUCUGGAGACUUUGGACUGAUUCAUCAUCAUUAAUUCCUCUAUCUAAGUCAUUCAUCUGUCCUCUAUCCUAUUCCCCAUCACCUUGCCAUCGUUUUUUGUUAUAUUAUUAUGUAUUUUUGUUAU